AUGGGAGACAUCCGCGGUGUCGGGCCUGAUCCAUCCAUCCUCUUCCUGACUGCGGAUGAUGAAUGUGGGAAUAGCGCUUCUGCUGCUCACUCCUCUGGCAUACUUCGCUGGCUUUGGCUGCAUCAAGUAUCUGGUGAUCCCGUCCUUGAUCUACUUAAGUUUGGGCAGGGAAAGCCUUCCUCGCCAAAAGAUUGGAAUAAGGAAACUGUAUUGAUCACUGGAGGUGAGAUUUUGGAAACGCUGGCAGCUGACUCCCCAGGCGGUUCUGGCAUCGGUGCUCUGCUCGCGCAUGAGCUUGCACAGAAGGGUGCCCAGGUUGUUGUGUUGUCCAUCACUGAGCCCGAUGAGUUGCUCGUAUCUCUUUCUCAACUAAACCUCAGCACCUUCGGCGUCAACGCCAUUGCCCCUUUCUGGACAGUGCAGGAGUUCCUACCCGACAUGCUACUCAAGCGUCAUGGACAUAUCGUCAACGUUUCUAGUGUCAUGGGUCUCCUGGAUACGGCGCAGAUGCCUGCUCUGAUUGCUUUCAACUCUGGCCUGCGCAACGAGUUGGAUUACAGGCUAGUUGUGGAUGUAAAUGGCAAACUGACUGUCAGAUAUCUGACUCCCGAGAUCCAGACGACUCUCGUUCUUCCUGGCCACAUCAAGACGAACAUGUUCGAGAAGACUGUGCUGCCGGACGAGCGACUUGCUCCGUCGCUCAAACCCUCUGAGGUCUCGCAGGCUAUCAUCGAGAGUCUCGAGGGAACGACGCUUGACAACAUCCUCCGCAUCCCGCACUUCACCUGGGUUGCUAGAUUGCUUUAUCGCGGCUCAGAUCUUGUCCCGCGCAUUGUACGCCGGCUUCAGCAUUGGGUUUCGGGAGCAGACUGGGCCAUGUCGCGGUACGGACCUAGGCCGGACGCUGGUGAACGUUUGAUGCAGCAGCGUGUUCAGAGAGGUGAGAUAGAGAAGUUUUUGUAG